AUGAAAUAUAACAAAACACUUAUCCUUGCACUAUCACUUGCAAUAAUUUUCACUCUUGCUCAAGCUGGACCCUAAAAGUAAGGCAAAGGUAAAGGUGAAUAGAAAAACAAUACAGCUGUUGAAUCACACAAUCAUACUUCAAAUGAAAAUAGAACCCUCGCAAACUGCACUAAUGGAACCUUAAAUGAAACUCACGCACAUAACAAGCCCAACUCAACACUAAACCAUACUCAUAAAGAUACUGACAAACCAAAGCCAUAGUAAAAUGGUAAGAGAAAGCUUGAUGAUGACAAAAUGCUUCUAAGAUAACUCAAAGGAGGAGAUAAAGCCUAAAAGAAUGGAGGCUCUAAAGAGGCAAAGCACACUCGUAACGAAACUGAUUCUAACCAUACUCAUAAUGAGACUGAUUCCAACCAUACUCACAACCAUACAGAUGGUAAUCAUACUCACAAUGAGACUGAUUCAAACCAUACUCAUAACCACACCGAGGGUAAACAUGGCAAAAAUGGAACCAAUAAAACUCAUGAGAAGUCAGGUGAAAAACCCAAAGGAAGUCAACCUAAAGGUGCUAAAGGUGGUAGAAAGCUAGAGGCUCAAAAUUCAUUCAUUGAUGAGUUAGUCUUCUUGGAGGAACCUAUUGCUGAGGCAAUAGUAUUAAAUAGCCAAGAAAAUAUCAAAGAAGGAAUUGUUAGCUCCUAAUUAAGAUUACUUUUAGGAGGUUAAAGAUUAACUCAUGAGUUCAAUCAAAAUCAAUGA